UGUACUACAUUCGGGUCUCUAAUCUCAAAAGAGUUUUCACAUGCGGAAUAGUGGUUAAAAUCAAAAGAACACAUUUGACAAUGUCAGAGGGGGUGAGCGGGGAAGAAACCAAAGGGGCAGCAUCGCCAAUCAAACCAAACCACGCUGAAUUAGUCAAAGAUGGCAAAAAUAGCCUAACUUUGCAAUGCGAACGCUGCGGAUGCGUCGUUCUUAGGCCAGGAAGUGCCAAGUUUGUACAAAAAGAGCUAUUCCUUCCACACAUGAAGAAAAAAGCCGAGGGCACAGAUCCCAAUGGAGAGACACUGUCUGACUGCUGGCUGGUGGAUGACAUGUACACAUUUGAUAAUGUGGGCUUCACCAAAAAUGUUGGCACAAGCAAAUACCUGAUCUGCGCAGACUGUGAAAUCGGCCCUAUUGGCUGGCACGAUGUGAAUAUAAAGAAUGAAUUUUAUGUUGCUCUUGACAGGGUAAAACAUGUUUGAUAACUGUGUAUGGUAGGCACAUGGAAAUUUGACAUUAUGCUUAAAAUGAUUGGACCAAUGUAUUCAGCCAAUUUUAUGCCAAGAAAUUGAACUGAAUUCCAGAAGUGAAAAACUAUAGUAUAAUUUAUGUGCAAUUUCAACUUUAUUUAAAUAUGAUUUAUAUUUACAGAAAAUUGAGUUCUCAAUGACAGUGAGCAUGAAAAUAUACUUGAUUUUUUUUUUCAUUUUUUAUCAGAAAUUUUUAAUACAGAUUUUUCUGCCUCAAGCAGCAUCCAGUCUUAAGGCCACAAGUCUUUCUUCACUACUUUUUUCUUACAAUCUUAAGUCAUGUCUGAUGGAAGCUGUAGUGUUUACAUGUAGUGUUAUUACUGUUGUGCGCAUGCACGAGGAGUUGGAAAUAUACCAAGUGAGGUGUCAACAGGCAUUGUUGUCCGUCUUCGUGUGUUGCUGGUCAUGAACCAGAAAGUACAGUUGACGUAAUAGUCCAUUUUGUGUAAUAACCAGUAUUCCAUAAAGACUACAGAAGUAUUUUGCUUUAAAUGUCCAUGCAUCAGUGCAGUCCUGUC